CAGAUAUGGGAAGGGCGGAUUUGCUGAGCUCGCUGGCGAUGUCGUGAGAGACAACUGAUUUAUUCCGCCCGUUCAUCAACGCCAUCAGAAUCACUUUCACCUCAAGACGGUCGGCCUGCAGGAAUCGAGGUCCCGGGGUUCGAUUCGCCUGACGGAGUGGGUGAGGAGGGAAUUCCCUGGAUGAACACUGCCACAGCCCUCUCCACACAGCGGCGCGGGAGGCUUAGCAAUUGAUGAUCGACCGCGCUUGACGGUGUUGACCCUGUUGAUGAAUUGGAGGUCAAACGUAAAUGCUCUGGCGUUUCCCUGACUCCUCACAAGGAAACGAAGUUCACCGUUACUUACAGAACUCCCAACAUACGGUGUUGCAGCAAAGCCCAGGAUGCAAGCGCUACCAAACUCUGGCCCUACGGGCUACGCCCAACCUAGAGCAGCAUUGCCGAUCCCGUCCCUGGACUACGAUGAGGUGGGCCAGGUCGAGUACUCGGCGUACUUCCAAGACCAACAAGAUGACUUGGGUUAUUUCGCCGGGGAGAGCUCAGAGUCGGGGACCUCGCCUCCUCUGCCCUCACUGGCGCCCUCGUCAGAGACCGUCUCUGACCCGUCUCUGCAGCUCCUCGCGCCGCGACAGCAACAUGUUGCGCCGGUGACGGCGCUGACUACUCUUUCCCGCGGAAUUGCUAGCUCAGAGGCGCAGGCAGCGGGAAAGCAGAAGCUGGAGAGACGAGGGCACACAAAGAGCCGGAGGGGGUGCUUCAACUGCAAGAGAAGGAGGAUCAAGUGCCAGGAGACGAGACCUGCAUGCGGACAUUGUGUCAAGCAGGGACUCAAAUGCGAGUACCCUGCUCUACCGAGAAUUGUGCAUCAGCCACAACAUCAGAUCCCCCUCUUCAGUCUCCAAGACAUGCGCUUUUUCCAGCAUUUCCUCCUCAACUGCUACCCGCAUCACCCGAUCGGGGCCGAGGAGCUCUGGACGCACGAAAUCCCCUGUCUAUCCGAAAAGUACGAGUACCUAAUGCACGCCAUCCUCGGCUACUCGGCAUCGGAACUCAUGGCGACGGACCCGUCCGUCGGGGAGGCGGCCCUGUCGCACCGGCUCAAGGCCAUCAAAGCCAUCAAGAAAUCCCUCUCGGGCGCCACCGCCGCGGCGCCCAGCUCCCCGUCUUCUUGUUCGAGUUCGGCCAGCAAUGACAAGGACGUCAUGUUCGAGGAGGGCAACGCGCUCAUGGCGACGUGCAUCGCGCUCACCUACCAAUCGGUGCUCCUCGAGGACGGCAUGGCCGAGUACCUGACGUUUAUCCGGGGCGUCAUGAUCGUGGCGAUCCAGAUGUACAUCAAAGGGGCUAACAUCUUGUUUGGGGACUAUUUGGGGGAUAAGCAGAAGGAAGCGCUGCAGCCGCACAUGGAAGGCUUACCUCUUAUUGAUGCCGGGUGGACGGAACAGGCGGUCAGGAGUAUUGAGGGGCUGAGGGCGCUUGUGGAGGGCGUCGAGGGCCGAGAGGUGGAAAGGAGGUAUUGGGAGUUGAUUAUGGAUAUUGGGAGGAUGCUUUCUGUUAGUUCGUGGAAGGCGUACGUCGCCCUAACGGACUUCUACACGUGGUGGAUGAUGCUGCCGCACGACAAGUUUCAGUCGCUGGUCGACCCGGGCAACCAGGUGGCCAUCCUGCUCGCGACGCACUGGAUCUCGCUGGAGCAGAUCAUGGCGACCAUCGGCGAAGCCGAGCUCAAGGCGGCAGCCAAGUUGCCGGCGCCGGCGCAGCCUGGGCGCGCGAGCACAGGUAACUUGGGGCAUUUGGGGUGGCUCCGAUAUCUGAACGCGCAGGUGGACGCAGAGCACCACGCAUAUAACCAGUGGCCCAUGUGGGUGGAGGAGCAACGGAAGCGGGACCGGGGCUGCUUUGGCAGGACUAUCUUUUAGUGCUUUGGCAAGUGUGAGUUGUCUCGCGCGGGUGUUUGCUUGUUUGGUUGUCCUCUCUUUUCGGUUUGACUCUCAUGCCACUAGACUCCAAUGCAAUAAAACUGAACGACCUGCAUAACCAGGCGUCGUUUUGCU